AUGGAAGGUGACAGUGUUAAGCGUGAGGAACUGGAGGGAGCGACAGGCGAGGCUGCUGCUCAGGAGGGCGCAGCAAAGGGGACCACUCCACACGAAACCGCCCCACAGGAAGACGUCUCUGGCAGACUGGCGGAAAUUCUUUCCGUUGCGUCUGAAUGUAUCCAGCCCGAGGAGCUGAAGGCCAGGCUGCUCCUCAAAAGGCGGUUGAUCUGCUACGAUGGGUUCGAGCCAUCCGGCCGGAUGCACAUCGCGCAAGGACUUCUGAAGUGCCAAAUUGUGAACAAGCUAACAAGCAACGGGUGCACGUUCAUCUUUUGGAUCGCCGACUGGUUCGCACAGCUAAACAACAAAAUGUCGGGAGAUUUAAAAAAAAUAAAAAAAGUGGGAAAGUACUUCAUCGAAGUGUGGAAGAGCUGUGGCAUGAACAUGGAAAAUGUUCAGUUCCUAUGGGCAAGUGACGAGAUAAAUAAAAAACCGAACGACUAUUGGUCGUUGGUUAUAGACAUAUCCAAGAGCUUUAACAUUAACAGAAUAAAGAGGUGCUUAAAAAUCAUGGGAAGAUCAGAAGGAGAGGAAAAUUACUGCUCUCAAAUUAUGUACCCUUGCAUGCAGUGUGCAGAUAUAUUUUUUUUAAAUGUAGAUAUUUGCCAGCUAGGAAUUGACCAACGGAAGGUAAACAUGCUAGCUAGGGAAUACUGCGAUAUAAAGAAAAUAAAAAAAAAGCCAAUCAUUUUGUCACAUGAAAUGCUUCCGGGACUUUUGGAAGGACAGGAAAAAAUGUCGAAAAGUGACGAAAAUUCAGCCAUCUUUAUGGAUGACUCUGAGGCAGACGUGAAUAGGAAGAUUAAGAAGGGCUACUGCCCACCCAUGGUCAUUGAAAACAACCCCAUUUUUGCAUACGCCCGGAGUAUCGUGUUUCCGCACUAUAAGGAGUUCGCUCUGCAGCGCAAGGAGAAGAACGGAGGCAACAAGACCUACACCACGAUCGCCGAACUGGAGGCAGACUACCUCAGUGGUGCACUCCACCCCCUCGACCUCAAGGACAACGUUGCCAUCUACCUGAACAAAAUGCUUCAGCCAGUGAGAGACCAUUUCCAGAACGACGCCGAGGCGAAAAGUCUGCUUAACGAAAUCAGAAAGUACAAGGUAACCAAAUGA